AUAGCCUUACAGGGGUGACAGACAGAGCCCUCCUUUGCAUUUCUGCAGCUAGAAGCUGAGAGCAACCCAAGUGAAGAGGCAGGCAUUGUCUUUUUGCAGAGGAUCCAGUCCAACAGAGGCAAGCAAAGGCAUUGAGCAGCAGCAGAUACUCCAACCUCUGUUGAAGAUGGCGCAGAGAAGUAAGAAAGCGCCUUCCAAAACACGCAAGUCCAUGCUGGAAACCCCAGUGGUCACGGGCCCCCAUAUGGACUCACUGGGCUUUGUGGCCAUGGAGAAAAACGUCCCCGGCUUGUCACAUGUCAUCCUCCAAAAGCUCAACAUGAAGAGCUAUGGGGACUACAGAACUGCUAUGGAGAGCCAGAGAAUGAGUGCAAAUUUUGGCAUCCGAUCUUAUUUUGAAAUGUUCCAGAAAAUGGAAGACACAUUCAAGUUCUGCGCUGAGUGCAAGAAACUUCCCGAAUCUCUUCCUGAUCCCAAAAGCCUGCGACGGUGCAAAAGGUGCCAGAACGUCUACUACUGCAGCUCCGAGUGCCAGCGGGCCAACUGGCCAGUUCAUAAGAAAGUCUGCAAGAAGCUGAAACUGGCAGCCCUGGACCGGCUGAUGGAAUGGCUCGUAUUUACAGGCGACAUCCCGUUCCCCACUGCCGCAUGGACACAACGCAUGCAAGACGUGAAAGGCUGGCCAGACUGGUUCCUCAUGCAGGGAGACCUGGAGGAAAAGCUGCGUACAAUCCUCGCCGGGCGUCACAUGAACAUCCUGUGGGCCAAUGCGGGGAAGCCGAAGCCCGAUGACGCAGAGCUGGUGGAGUCGGUCAAGAGAGUGACUACGGACUUUGUAUCUCGGCCGGCCAGCAUUGGUCUGGGGCUGCAUGCAUUUGGUCUCGAUCCUUAUGCCAAGCCCAUCACGGUGCAUGUGCUCGGGGCUUCCCAUGUCGAGACCCUCAAUGCUCGCGUGACGGAUUAUGAUGAACUCUCCCGCCUGUUCCCAGCACACCAAGGUGUGGAGGUAGUGAUGGUGGGUGCAGAUGUUGUGGACGGGUCCAUCAUGAGGCCUCCGCUGGCAGCCUUUGGGCCCCGGGGAAGAGUCUAUCUCAGCAGCUACAAAGGGCUGUAUCACGACUUCUGGGAAUCGCAAGUGGAGACUCAGCAGGCGGCUCGCCCUGACCUGGUGGUAGGCUUCCAUCCUGGGUUCCACUCUUGCCAUGACCUGAUGGAAAGCUGGCUUCCUACCUUGCUGCUUCUACGGGACUACAACAUCCCCACACUCUUCACUAUGUACAGUGAGCAGGAAAUGAAGAACUCCCUCAAGAUCCUGGUGGAGCUGGAAGCCCAGAUCACAGGCUACGGGGCCAAUCGUUUCGCCUCCCUCAAACCUGAGCAAGCCUAUUCCAACCCAAACAAGCCCCCUGUCUACAGCAAUUCCCAUUAUAUUAUGUUCUAUGGCCUUUCUGGUCCUUUGGAUGAACCGGACAUAGGAGAGAUCGGCGAGGAAGAGCUAGGUGCAAAGAUCUAGACACUGAUUCAGACUUUCCAGAAUGCUUUGAACCUGUGGCAGUAACUAGGUUCUUUGGGUGUCCCAUCCAACUCUAUAAAGUAAUAUAGACUGCC